AUGUCGACCACAACAACCGGAACGACCACCAAAACCACCAUCUCAACCUCGACCACCGACGCCAACUACGUCCCUCGCGGUCCAACAAGCGCCGAAUUGACCUUCUAUGCGCCUCCGCCCGACAACGCCCAACCCUUCAACUACGUGGAGUCUCCACCCCCAGGCCAACCCACCCGCAACUAUGGCGAAGACACGCAACGAGUAUCUCUGAACGACAUUCGCGGCAACGAAUCCUCCUUCCACCUUGACAAGGACUCGUUUCAAGCGCUGCAAGACGUCUCAUCCGCCACGACCUACGCCACCUUUGAUUCCGACGCUUCCAUCCGUGAAAACUACUAUCCCGAGGUAGAAGCCUUGAUCAAAGAACAUAUACCCGGAGUCCACAAGAUCACCCUCUUCGACCACACCAUUCGACGCGCCAAUCCAGACUCCCGCCGUCAACCGGUCAACCGCGUUCACGUCGAUCAAACCCCGACUGCGGCCCUCGCCCGGGUCAACUUGCACAUCACCAACCCGGACGAAGCCAAAGCGCUCGCGGAAGGGCGCUACCGCAUCGUGAACGUCUGGCGUCCCCUGAGUGAGGAACCGGUUCAGUCCUCGCCGUUGGCGUUCGCCUCGGCGACCUCGGUCGACCCGGCGGAUCUGGUGGCUGUGGAGCAUCGAUAUCCCAAUCGAACCGGCCAGACGAUGGGGGUCAAGUACAACCCCGGACAAAAGUGGUAUUACUGGUCGGGCAUGACGGGUCGGGAGAGAUUGUUGCUCAAGUGCUCGGAUUCUAAGGGACUGAGAGAUGGUGAUGUCUCGCAGUGGGUUCCGCAUACGGCAUUUGUGGAUGAGAGGACGCCGGAGGGUGCCAGACCGAGGGAGAGUAUUGAGGUGCGGGCGUUGAUCUUUGGAUAA